CUGGCAGAUGGGGCCCAGGGCAUCCCUGGGUGAUUGUCCUCACCGCCUGAGGCCAGUGCCCUGCCCCAGCCCUUCUCAUGGGCCCUUUCCAGCUUUGGCUCUUACCCAGCUGUGGCUUCCCGUGGUCCCGCACUGCUCAUGCCCGUCCUCAGAGAGGGAAUGGGGACUAGUUGAAGGGUCCAGGGAUCAUCCUUUCAUUUUUGUCCCCCCAACCCCCACACUAGGCUCAUGUGACAAGUUGAGACCAGGCUGUCCAAGGCUCUCUUGUCAUAUUUCACCAGACCUGAGUCCUAUGACCUUCCAGUGGCCCAACUUUGCUCUUUGUGACACUGAGGAAGAAUCCUGUCUCCUCUCCCUCCCACCCCCACGGCCCCCAAAGGACCAUGUCUCUCAGAGCUCCAGGCGGCCUUGCCUCCUGACCUAACUGCAGGGAUGACUAAGGAAGUUUCCCUGUGUCCUGCAGCCUAGCAGCUCAGGAGGUAGGGGAGGAAAAUGUCAAGUAGAGCCUGGAAAAGAUGUGAUUUUCUCUUGUGACUAAAUGAGGAAUAUGAGUCUGGUUUUUACACACACACACACACACACACACACACACACACACACCUCGGGACUGCAGCACGUGGUGUUCUGACACAUCCUCUAAACCCACUUGCGUGCCCUGGGCUCCCCAGCUCUGCCCUCCUCCUGAUCACAGAAAUCACAAACCUCAGACAUCAGGGCUUGUCCUUCACACGUGAUAAACGCAUGCAUUGGGUCCCCGUCCUGCUCUUCUUGCUUCCAUGACCCUGGCAGUGAGGCCUCCUUCAGUUUUGCGUCCCAGGUACCUCACUCGCCGUACCAUGGUCCUGGCCUGGCCACAGCCCCAGCUCCACUUGUUCCAUCAGCGACCCGACUGGUGUGUUUAUAUAGCUCCGUUGCUGGAGCCAGUGCUGGGCUACUCCCCCUCUUCCCUGGGAAGUGUCCACUCCUCCUUUUAGGACCAGCGUUCCAGCUCGUGUUCCAAGCUUGGCUCUGAGAGGUUCCUGCAGACAAUGCCAGAAAGUACUCUCAGCGCAGUUCCUGUGGUGCGGCUUGUAUGGGGCCAGACACAGCUGAACUGAGCCAUGGAGCUCCGAGAAGGGAUUCUGAAAACCAGGGCUCUUCAGGCUUCUUGGGAUCCAGGUAGGGGGAAUUUGGACUUCCUGGUGAAGCUAGACGUGUAGCUGUGGCCCAGGGGCUGGGAUGAGAGGAGUGAGAAGGGCUCGUGGUGGUGAUGGAUGGGUUGGCAUGGUUUUGGGGACGACAAAGACUAUGAUGUGAAUGGGCGGAUGUAACAUUGAACAUGAAAUGGUCAAAGUGAUCCAACAGCUUGAGGUCCCCAGUGCCUGGGAGAGUUGUCCCCUGGGAUGUCAGCGUGGCUGUGAAAGAGCAAGCAGACCUGCCCGUAUAGAAGCAAAGGCCAGGCUCUGAAGAGCAGAGUUGGGCACUCGCACUGAAGUCCUGACCCUUUGCUGGGAUGGAAGAAUUGAUCUGGGAGAGACUCGUUCAUUCACACCUGUUGUGACCCUGAAAAGGAGUUUUCAAUUGGGACAGAUGGGCAGGAGCAACAGAACAGAGUACAGAGCAAUGCCUGGCAGUCCACUGACUGUUCAGACCUCGGGGAGAGGCUGUGAAGUCUACGGGAAGAGCCAUGUUGCAUCUGAGAAUUCAAGUCGUUUACUCACUGUUCUCCUCUUCCGCCUGCCCAAAGAGGAAGUCGUCGCAUAUAUAGAGCCAGGCACGCCAGCUCCUGACGCAGACAUCAUGACCGUGAGACAGAACUGGACACCAGACCCCAGACCUUUGUGGGUCCUGUUCCUGUGUGCCCACUUCGUCUUCCAUUUGGCCAGAGCCGCACCUACACCUCAGGCCACCACAGUUGGCACUGCCUCGGCUGGGACUGCAAAGGAUCCCUGCCCCUUCUGGCCCCCGACGCUCCCAACAGUUAAGCGGUGCCCAGCAUUGGAGGUGACCUGGCCAGACGUGAAAAUCCCAAUAAAUGAAACGCUGACCUUGUCCUGUACUGCCUGUAGCCGCUUCCCCCACUUCAGUAUCCUCUACUGGCUGGGCAAUGGUUCCUUCAUCGAGCAUCUCCCUGGCCGGCUGCGGGAGGGCAGCACCAGGCGGGAGCGCAGGGGCACCAGCACCCAGCUGUGGAGAGCCUUGGUGCUGGAGGAGCUGAGCCCCGCCCUGCACAGCACCAACUUCUCCUGUGUUUUCGCGGAUCCUGAGUACACUGUCCUGCGUCACGUCGUCCUAGCCCAGCUCUCUGUGACGAACCCAAGGGAAGGUUUCUAGGGACCGGAGGAGCUCUGCUGCAAUGUGGGGAGGAAAGGGUAGGCUUCUCCCAGGGCAGCCUCCAGCUAAUGACCACCAUUCCUCCAAGUCCCCAAGCCUGAGUGGAAACUAAACAGAGCUCAGGGCGCAGGCAGAGGUGGCAUGGCCUAGGGGUAGUGACGAGAUGUCCCUCUCCCUUUGGCCCUGGGCCGUGUCUGCCUUCACUGUCCCCAGGCUGGGCUGAGGACAGUCAUAUCCCCUACUCAGGAAGCCCUCCAGAGGGUCCCCUCUGCCUCCCCAUCCUGACGGGUGAGUUCUGAAGCCUGGAGAAACGCCACCUCUUCAUUUCAGUCUUGGCUCUCAGCUCAGGCCACAUUGUGCCUCCCACCUAGUGUUAUGUUUGUACAAGGCAUACUGCGUUUUACUGCACUUCACAGAUACUCCUUUCUUUUUUUACAAAUUGUAGGUUGGGGCAGCCCUCCGUCAAGUUAGUCUGUCAGUGCCAUGUCCCAGCAGCAUUUGCUCACUUCAUGUCUGUCUGUCACAUUUUGGUAAUUCUCGCGAUAUUUCAAACUUCCCUCAGUAUUGUAUUUGUUACGGUGAUCAGUGAUCUUUGAUGUUACUAUUGUAAUUGUUUUGGGGUGCCAUGAACCGUGCCCAUAUAAGAUGGUGAACUUAAUCGAUAAA